AUGAAGGACGCCGUCAACGACUCCUUCUCCCCGGGAUCUUCCCGUCCUUCCCCGUCGACGCUCUCCCGAGAAGACUACUGGAGCGAGGAGGCGACCUUCACGCUGAUCCACGCCUGGGGCCGCCGCUUCGUCGACCAAAGCCGAGGCGGCCUCCGUCAGAAACACUGGCAGGAGGUUGCUAACGCCGUCAACGACCGUCACUUCAACACCGGCCGCAACGUCUCCGCGGCGAAAUCGCAGCCUUACCGCACCGACGUCCAGUGUAAGAACCGGAUUGACACGCUGAAGAAGAAGUACAAGGUCGAGAAGGCUAGGGUUUCGGAUUCCUACGUCAGCGCGUGGCCCUUCUUCUCCGAUCUCGACGAGCUUCUCCGGGAAACGUUCCCGACGGCGGCGGCGGCGGCGUCUAGUGAUAACAGCCAGAGGAUUCCGUCGCUGCCGAUUGUAACGGUUCCCGUCGCUCCACGAUCGGCGAUCUCCAGACGUCCGGCGAUGAUGUCUCUCGGCGGGGAGAAUUUGCUCGGAUUCCGCGGGAAUCUGAACGCGUUCGCGGCGGCGGCGGCGGCAGCUGCGUCUCCGGGGUAUGAGGAUGAUUCUGACGGGUCGAGGUCUAGAUCGAGCGGAGGUAAUAGCAGGAAGCGGCGAGAGAGGGAGGUUGAGAUUGAGAUUGAGGAGAGGAAGAAGGGAUACAAGGAAGUAGCGGAGGCGAUUGAGAGGUUUGGGAAGAUAUAUGAGAAGGUGGAGGAGAGGAAGAGGAAGGAGAUGGUUGAGUUGGAGAAGCAGAGGAUGAGGUUUGCUAAGGAGUUGGAGUGUCAUAGGAUGCAGCUGUUUACUGAGAUGCAGGUUCGUCUUCACAAGCUUAGGCGUAGCUCUGGUUCUAAUGGUCCGGCUUCUUCCGCUGCUACCACCGGUGAGACGUGA